AAAAAAACAGUUAUUUUUAAAAAUGGCCACCACAUAUGCUCAAAUGGUCCCUGUGAGGCCCUAGAGGCCAGUGGGGGGAGGGGGAACCUUUGCAGACCCCCCCUGGCCUUUAUGAAGCCCCCCGAAGGGGCUACAGUUGGGUACAUAAAGGGCAGCAAGAAGACAAGACCGAUUCUUCCACCUUGGCUUUCGGUGUCUGGUCUUUUGGCUCGGAGUCCAAGCUAGCGCCAAGAUGAAGAUGCUCAUUUUGACUGCUGGCCUCUUGGGGCUGUUUAUGAGCUCGGCUUUUGCAAACGACUCUAUCCAGCUCAUAAACAAGGACAAUGAUGGAGGAACUGUCUACCAGACGGUGAACAUCAACAAUAAGAUCAACGUGGCAACCUUUAACCUUUACUCUGGAACUCACUCAACCAAUGCGCUUGUCGACUACAACAGUGGGAUCAUUCUUUACCACAUGCCCUACAAGAGGAUAUGUGUCGUGUCCAGGAUGAACAGGGACAGCUUCCCAAGUAUAACGCAACUUGAGAGCAUGAUCCACGAGGGGCAUGCCUUGACUUCUCUCCACCGAAGCUAUGGCAUCUCCCGCAAGGUUGUGAGCCACAUGUCUGAGCUCGGAAGGCCCACCCAAGCCAUCUGUGAAGGCCUGACCACCUACUGGGCGACUGAGUUCCAAAGGCCAUAUCCUUUAGUUGGAGGCAGAGGCUGUGCUGGACUGAAUCUCCUCAUUCUGAAGGUGAAUUUAUGUGGAGGCAUUUCCCUCUUCUAACCGGGACUGGAAAGACUUCUCCCAACUUCACUACUUACCAAAAAUAUGCAAAACACAUUUCUGAUGUGAUAUCUCCACUGACUGAACAUGAAGCUAUGACAUUUGGUCUGCAGAAUCAUUCGAUAUUGCUACAUUUCACUUUCAAAAAGAAGCACACUAAUUAAUGUACUCAUCCAUUUCUGGGGAGGGUGAAUCUGCGGAAAGGCUUGGUAAUGUUUGCUUUGGGAUAUUUGGAUUGAAUGUUGGGAUGGUAUUUAUGUUACAGUCUUUACGUUCACUGCAUAAGUUUCUAUUGAUUUUUUCCCCUUUUUCUUUUUAAGAAUUUUAUUAAAUUACAUACAUUACACUUACAAUGCAAAUAGUUCCAAAAACUCAGACCAAGUCCCUUUAUACUUAGAAAAACAAGAUCUAGUCUUUUAAAAAGGACAUUUGUGGACUGCUAAAGUAAGUAAAUCGAAGAGACAUUUUUCAGUAUCUGGUAGGUACUUCCAUUUCCAAUUUUGUAGAAUAAUGCAUUUAGCCACUAGAAAGGCCCUAGUAAGCCAUUUUCAUUGAUGAAGGGUUAUUCCUUCUACAUCACAAAGCCUUCCCAACAAAACUGAAAUAGGAUCUAGAUCAGUGAUUCUCAAACUUGGGUCCUCAGGUGUUAUUGGACGUCAACUCCCAUAAUCCUCAAGCAAAGGACAGUGAGGCUGGGGAUUAUGGGAGUUGAAGUCCAAUAACACCUGAGGACCCAAGUUUGAGAAUCCCUGAUCUAGAGGAUAUUCCCUUGCUAUGACUAGAUUGACAUAGUCACUUACCUUUUUCCAGAAUGGAGAUAUUACCUUACAAUUAAGGAACAGAUGUAAGAAUUAGCAAUAUUCAGUGAUUCAAUAUUCAGGUCUUUACAUUUGUCGCUUAAGUUUCUAUGGAGUUAUGGAGUUGCUAUGGAAUUGAGCAAUAUUAAAUCAUCAUUCGUCUUACAGUCUUUACAUUAAUAACGUACGUUGCUGUGGUGUUACAGAAGCAAUAUUAAACGAUCAUUUGGUGUUUUCAUGAAA